AGUUGUAUCGGAACAUUCAAAGUAGACGCAUGUCUGUUUAGUCUGUGUAUUUAAUAUAAAAUUCUUCUUGCUCUGCUUCUGUGUUCUCCUUUCCCUUUUUAUUAACUUAAUUCACCUCACUGUGCAGUGCAUUGAAUUUUGCCGACUAUUUUGUGAAUUAAUUAAUUUUUUCGUGCACAUUUUCAUUUUGAGGAAUAUCGCAGUGAAUUUGUGUGGAGGCUGAGAGAGAAAGAAUUUGUGUGGAAGUGCAAAGAAGAAAGGAAAGUCAGGUGCUUGCAUCCCUCCUGCAACAAUGCGCAAGUGCAUCAAGUGUCAGUGUUUAUUUGGGAAAACAUAAGCAAAUUUUUUUGACUACUUCCUGCCCAGCAUUUUCCCACGGAAGUUCUUCUCGUUUCUGGGAUUAAAUUUGUGUGUUUUUUUUUGGUGAUUUUGUGUGCGUUGUUGUGUGUGGCCAUGUGACUCCAGUGGCAUUGCAUUGCGCUGCUGUUUGGCUUGUGAUACUUUCAUCUCUGGAAUUACUUGGCUGCGCGUAAUCUCUCCCAGGCGGUGGGAAGAUGAGCAAAGUGGUGACCUCAAGUGAGAUGGCCACUGCAAAUAGAGAGACAAGUGGGUGUCUUGGUGGGAUAGAGAGUGCCACAGACGCUCCCACACCAGGGCCCAGUCACGAUCGCACGGACACCACCACCAAGGAUGACCAUGAGCAGCAGCAUUCAUUCUACACCUGCUCCGACACCGAGUGCUGCGUGAGCCUCCAGGACAUCCUGAAAUCCUUCAAUGCCCCCAUUUCGGAGGAGCAAGCAUGGGCACUCAUCUAUCGCUUCGUCUUCUCCUACCGAGACACCGUGAGAAAGUCUCAGGAUGAGCAGAAUCGAGAAUUUCGAGUGCCAGUGUCGCCGAGGAAUUACAAACUCCACCGUGACGGCACAGUUCACGUGCAAUUCAGUGGCGAAGACGUGAGAAAAUACGUGGUGACAUCACAAAAGAAGGUUCUUCAGAGAAUUGGUUGCAUUGUCUACAAAGCUCUCGAUUAUAAUUUCUCAGCAGAUGAGGAGUGUGUUAUUUCACCAGAACUUGAUCAACUUAUAAAUGUGAUGACUUACGAAGAUGUGGACGAUGAGGGCAUUGAAAGGGAUUCCGAAGAUGCCGUGGAAGGAGAGAAAUUUAUGGAAACCAAAGAAAUGGAUCAUGUACUGGAACUCUGCUCAAAACGUGUUUCACCAUCAUACCCCAAUGAUCACUACAAAGCCGUAUGUCGUGCACUCGCCACUGAAAGUCUAGAAUUACGAAUAUUUCUGCAAAAAGUACUACAAGGAGAAGCUGAAGCUCUUCGAAUACAAGCUGAUGCAGAGACUUCACAGCAGGAAUUAGAUAAGCUAGGUUUCAAUGAUUGGGCUCGAUUUUGGAUGCAAGUUGUUGAUGAGCUUCGAAGAGGCGUAAGACUAAAGAAAUGUUCUUUUUCUCGAACACCUGUUGAGUACGAAUUGACUCCCUAUGAAAUCCUGAUGGAGGAUAUUCGAUCCCGAAAGUACAAUUUGAGGAAGGUGAUGGUGAAUGGAGACAUUCCGCAGCGUGUUAAGAAGGAUGCUCAUGCGGUUAUUCUGGAAUUUAUUCGUUCGAGGCCUCCACUGAAAAAGGCCUCUGAAAGGAAAUUGCCACCGCUUAAGGCAAAGCCAACGCCGAGAGAUCAACUUUUGGACUCAAUACGAAAAGGUCGCGUUCUGAAGCCAAUUCCACGACAUAAAUCAAGAAUUAUAAAUUCCUGUCAAAUGGAGAAUAUUAAAAAGGGUGAGACUCCUUGUGAUUCACAAACCACAUCAUCACCUCGUACGAGUAGACAGAGGUUAAUUCCCGUGGAUCCUGCACUUUUCCAGGAUGAGGAUCUGUGCUAUCAAUCGGGUGAGGAGGAUGGUGUUGUACUGCGGAGUGAUGCUAAUUCAUCGGGAGGUAGCCGAAAGGGGGAUGAAUCAGCGGCCAACAAUGAGAAUAACCCCAACAGUGUCAACACAGUUCUUCGAAGGACCAGAAACACAAUCACUCACGAUGAAUAUCACAGAUUUUGUGACACGGCUUUAGAAUCCUACGACUUGGCGACACAGUGUGAGUCCCGGAGGGCGUCAAUGAGACGGCAUACAAUUGUUGGAUGCCAUCAGGGUGUACCGGAGUGCCAAUCAAUGCCACCAUCACGGCCGGAAUCCCGACAAUCUGAGCACCCAUCCAUGGUGGCGACUGCAACGGAAAAUCUCACCUCAAUGGAGGCAUGGUCGAAGAAUAGUCUGGAUGAGAAGGAAUGGAAGGAGGGGAUUAGUGAUCGUCUAUCGCUUACACUUAAAGAAAUUAUGCAUAUCAGGUCCGUGAUAACGAAGGCCGAUCUCGAACUUUUGCCCGUUGAGGUGAAAAUUAAAGAAGAUGUUGAGAAGCGAAAGGUCUGCUUCCUGUGCUUAAAGACACGCUUUAGCAUUUUUGGCCCAUGGGGUGUUCUCUGUAAGCUGUGUCAAAAAACUGUGUGUUCCAAAUGCUACUCCAAAAUGAGAAUCCCAACGGAACAUUUUAGAAAUGUUCCAGUAAUGCUUCUCUCACCUUCACUUGUAAACAGUCCCACUGCUUCCGGAGCUCCAUCACCCAGCCACAUUGGUCAUGGAACAUCUGGUGUGGACAUGGAGUCCUUCCCACGUUCACUAAUGGAACGUUUACUGCGGCCUGAGUCAGACAGAAAGACUCGAAAUACAGUUGGAAGUGCUCCAUCAUCCCCAAAACAUCAGAGAUCAACGUCAAGUACACCUGGAUCGAGUAUUGUUGUGGAUACUGCUGUUCCAUCGGUACUGAAGGAUCCAAUCUCAUCGACACGAACAUCCUCCAUUAUGUCACGCAGCAUGGAAGGACCACGAAGUCUUCCACCACAGAGCCCAGCCAGGCCGCAUUCCAACAGCAGCACGCUUGACAGGAGAAAUCGCUUUACAAUGCUGACGGCGGAACAAAAGGAGGGCCUCCGUGGUGAACUGAUGGCCGUUUGCAAUGAUUGCCGUGGUCUUGUACUCGAGAUUAUACGAUCAUCUCGGCAGACACGCUCAACAGCAAGGAAUAUUGUGCUGAAGAACUUAACACUUGAUCUGUCGCCCGUCUACAAGAGAUGGUAAAUCACAUAUUUUGUGUCUGAGAUGCGCAAAAUAAUUCAUUGCAAAAAGUAAAAACAUUAAUAAAAAAAAACCAGUGAGUAUCCUGCGAUAUUUUUUCUAAGAGGCUACAAAAGAGUAUUGAGAAUUAUUUUCAUAUUCAUUUUAUUGAAAUUUAUUAAAUGAAAUAAAAAUCAUUCCAUUAAAACACAUAAAAAAGGUACUAAGAAAAAGCUUAAAAAAAACAGAGAAAUGGAAGAUUUUGAGGUGAAAUAAAUGUCUAAAUAAACAUUCCCCAUCAUUCAAAACAUUUUUUCUUCAAUCUCCAAUAAAAGGAAUAGCAAAAUGAAAAGUAUUAAGUUUUCUUUUCUCGUUAAAUGAGGAAUGAUGUGGAAGCAAAAAAUGCUUUAAUGUUAAAAAAUUAAAUUAAAUUAAAUUAAAUUAAAAACUAUUUAACAAAGAGUGUGAGAUAUAAAAUGAAGAAUAAAUUACAAAAAAAUAGGAGCACAAUAAAUUAUCCAAAAUGUUCUAUUCCCCCUUCCCCUAUUCACUGACGAAUGUUGAAUUUCUUUGCAUUCACAAAAAUGAAAGACUAAUGUAGGAAUAUUUAAUUUUAUUGAAAAAGAAUAUAUUUAAAUUUCAUAUCGUUAUAUGAUAAAUGUAAAAAAAAUAUAACUAAAAAAUAUAGUUUUCUCAGUAUGAAUGAAUAUAUAAGAAUGUCAGUUAAUAAAUCAUAUUUAAAAGAUAAAUCAAAUGGU